AUGUCUCAAGAAUUCGACCUUGGUACCCGAAUCCAGGCACUUGUCCUUCACUCAGAAGGCUAUUCAAGAGCCGCUAUAGUACAAAAAACGGGCUAUUCAGCCGGAGGCCUGUCCAGCCUAAUACAAAAGGCCAAAAAGCGAGGUUACCAGCCUGGUGAAGGCCCCGUCUUACGCGAAUACGUUGAAUCCGAGCCUCGAAAAGGCCGCCCACCUAAGUUGACCCAAGAUCGGAAGGACAAGAUCAUUGCAACUUUGACUUCGGAUAAGGCCUGCCGUCAAUUCUCUUCCCAGAAGUUAGCCGAUAAGUUCAACAGUGAAAACCCUGACGCUCCUUCGAUUUCUCGAACAACAGUACUGCGAGCUUUGACUGCUGAAGGCAGCCAAUACCUCCACACAUCGUCCCGACAUUUGGCCAGUGCCAAAGACUCGACUUUGGCCAUGGACAGUCUCAUUUCCUCUGAAGCAGCCGGGUCGCGUAUAAGAUUCCGAAGAUUGGGCUGCCAGAAUGUAAGGCGCAAACCCGAUAUUCAAGGACUAGCCAACUGCCUUCAACAUAGCCCACAAAAACGCGACCUUGCCUGGUUACCAGACCACAUGAAUAUGGCCUGGACUCCAUCUUUCAUAUGGCGGUAUGAGAAGGCCGCCCAAGAUCCUCGUGCUCUCCCGAAUCCUAAUGUCUAGUUUCUUGUAUAUAUCACAGGUAUUUGAAUG